AUUUAAGAAAGGAGAAGAGAGAACAUUUGGGUGAGGGUUUUAGAGAGAGAAAGAGAAGGCCGGAGUGUGAAAGACAAGACACAGAGAGAGAGAGAGAGAGAGAGAGAGAGAGAGAGAGAGAUGUCGGGAGGAAUAGCGCGUGGUCGACUCGCCGAGGAACGUAAGGCAUGGAGGAAGAACCAUCCCCAUGGUUUUGUUGCGAAACCAGAGACGUUGCCUGAUGGAACGGUCAAUUUGAUGGUGUGGCAUUGCACGAUCCCUGGUAAAGCAGGACAUUGGUGGUUGUUAUUUAACUUGAAGAGUGACAGCUUUGUGACUGAUUGGGAGGGUGGCUACUUCCCGCUCACGCUCCAUUUCAGUGAAGAUUAUCCCAGCAAGCCUCCAAAGUGUAAAUUUCCCCAGGGCUUUUUCCACCCAAAUGUUUAUCCAUCUGGUACUGUUUGCCUUUCAAUCCUAAAUGAGGAUAGUGGUUGGAGACCAGCCAUAACUGUGAAGCAGAUUCUUAUUGGAAUCCAAGAUCUUCUGGAUGCUCCAAACCCUGCUGAUCCUGCUCAAACUGAAGGGUAUCACCUCUUCAUCCAGGAUGCUAAUGAAUAUAAGAGAAGGGUUCGCCAGCAAGCCAAGCAGUACCCACCUCUGGUCUAGUCUGUUGUUAUUAAAAAAUAGUAACUAAGACUUUCCAUGAAAUUGCUGGUAAAAUGCCGGCUGGGUUGGCUGCUUGCCUCAUGUAUAAUGCUAGACUUGGCUUUUGCUAAGAGAAAAUAUGCUUCCUUGGGUAUUUGGUAAUCUAUAUAAACUGUAUGAACCAGCAUUGGUAUUUCAACUCUCAUCGGAUUCGGAUUAAUGGUUGUUUCUAAUUUUAUACUACUAGACUGAUAGCUCCAAAGUGAGGCUUGCUUUUCA